CGCGACCCGCCUUGCGCGCCCGGCGUUCUCAGCCAUUGCCAUGGCAGAGGAGGGCGAGGCGACGCGGACGGAUGUCGCUGAGCUCGUCAACAUGCCCGAGACGACGCGCGUGCGCAGCGUCGCCUACUGCCCCGUCUCCACGCUGCCGUUCGAGUACUGCGAGUUUGACGCCGACUACAAGGCAUCGCAGGCGUGGUUCGCCGAGAAUUGGAGGAGCGUGCUCCCGCCGAACGAGGUGCGCGCCUACCUCGGCACGGCGGAGGGCAGCGGGGGGGAGGAGGAGGCGGCGGCGGCGGAGGUCAGCAGCGACGAGCUCGCAGCACUCAUGGCCAAGCUCGGGCUCAGUGGCGAGCUGGACGACCACGCCAAGCGCUCGCAGAAGGCCGGCAAGAAGACUGCGGCUGACGCGCCUCCUCCGGCGGCGGCGGCGUCGCCAGGCGGAGGCGGAGGCGGCGAGGCUGGCGGCGCGGGCGGCGGCGGCGAGGCUCCGGGCGGCGAGGGAGGCGGUGGUGGCGGCAAGGCUGGCAAGAAGGCCAAGGCGGCCAGCCGGGCGGUUGUGAUUGAGGUGAACACGCGCAACAAGCGCAAGCACAUCACCGUCGUCAAGGGGCUCGAGGGGUUCGAGGUGGACCUCGCUGCUGCGGCGAAGGCCUUUGGGAAGAAGUUCGCCUGCGGCUCGGCCCUGCAGCGGGGCAAGGGCGGCCAGCAGGACCAGAUCGAGAUCCAGGGCGACGCCGCCGACGCGCUGCCCGCCUUCAUCGCCUCCAAGCACAAGAUUGCGCUCAGCGACAUCUUUGUGGUGGUGGACGGCAAGAAGGUGCCCGCGAGCGAGCUGGGGGCGUGAGGGGAGCGUACACAACACCUUCGCGUUUAAAGCCGUAGACUGAAAUACC